UUGAUAUUUAUGAGAAUAACAUUGAGCAGAGAGAAAGGGAAACGAUAAAGCAAACCGGCGGCCGGCCAAAGCUCAUUAUUUCAUACUGAGGAUAUAUUUGUUCCUUUUCAUCAACUAGAGUCUGAAAUUUUAUGUUUAAGAAGGUAGAAAAAGAAGAAGAAAUUGACCAGCACAGUAUCUGUCAAGGUUGAUGCUGUCAACUAGAGCCAAUGACAGCUUUGAAGUUCGAGUGCCACACUUUCAGGCAUAUUUACAGUGAAUAUACAGUAAUUUUUGACGCUAUGAAAAGUAAUAAAAAAAGUUUUCUACGUUCUUGAAUGGCAACAACAAUUUUUUAACAAUUGUAGGCUCGUAUGGACUUUGCGAUAGAUGCUAGGAAGAUGUUAGCCACUAGUUGAUGCAGUUGAGGCAGUUGGUGCCCCAGCAAAUACCAACAAACAUCCCUAAGGAUGUUCUGGCAAGAUAGAAUUUAUGACAUUCAAGAAUGUCAGAAUUCAAAAUUUCACAUUGUGUGAUUCCAGUGCUUUGCUUGAGCGAGCUGUUUGUAAUAGGCUUGCUAGUGUUCAGCCAUGGCUUUCUUCUGACUAGACAGGUUAUUGAAAUUAAUUCAACUUGCCAUGGUUUCACCUCAGAUGAAAGUAUUGAUCCUGACACAACAAGAAAUACAGAGCAGCUAGGUUCACAGAAUGGGUGCUGGAUGAAGCCCUCCUUUGAAAAGGCUGUUAUUAUUAUCAUUGAUGCCUUACGGUAUGAUUUUGCACACUUCAAUGUUUCUCUGAGGAAAGAUGAUGCCACACCAUAUCUGAAUAAAAUGCCAGUGUUUAGAGAGAUCAUGGAUGCAAAACCCAAAGAAGCAAUGUUAGUUCCAUUCAUUGCUGAUGCCCCCACAACCACAAUGCAAAGAUUAAAGGGGCUUACUACAGGUAGCCUCCCUACUUUUAUAGAUGCAAGUCAGAACUUUGCCAGUGAAGAGAUAAGUGAAGACAACAUUAUUGACCAACUUGUCAAGCAUCAGAAGCAAGUGAUUGUUUUGGGUGAUGAUACAUGGAAUGGAUUGUUCCCCAGAAGAUUUAAAAGAUCGUUCCUGUUCCCAUCAUUCAAUGUGAUGGACCUUCACACAGUAGACAAUGGAAUUCUUCAACACCUGGAAGAAGAAUUGCAGAAGAAUGAUUGGAAUGUUAUGAUUAGCCACUUCUUGGGUGUGGAUCACUGUGGCCACCGAUAUGGGCCUGACCAUCCGGAAAUGACAGCAAAAUUAUCACAAAUGAAUGACAUAAUUAAGAAUGUGGCAGAUCGUAUUGGGACAGACACACUACUUUUGGUGUUUGGUGAUCACGGCAUGACCAAGACAGGUGACCAUGGUGGAGACUCUCAAGGUGAAAUAACAGCUGCUCUCUUUGCCUACAGUCCUGGACUCAAUAUGAUGCCUGCCAACCCAAAUAGCAUUCAUCCAGUGCAGGUGUCACAAGUGGAUAUUGUUCCCACACUUGCUCUGGCUCUUGGUGUUCCCAUCCCUUACUCUAACCUGGGUAAGGUGGUGGAAGAAUUGCUGGCCACAAAGGGAGAAUCAUCAGAGGAAGUCUUGAGCAAGAAAGUUCAGGCGCUUGCACAUAAUGUUCAACAAGUCCAGAAGUACUUGCUGGAAUAUAAGAAAGUUGGCAAUGAAUUUUCUGGAGAGUUGUGGAAUAGAUUGGAAAAAUUGAAUAGAAAAAUAAAUAAAAAUUUAGAUGAGCUUACUAUAAGAGAAAAGAAAAUGGCCUAUAUUGAAUACCUAAAUGUUGCAAAAAUGAUGUGUGAAGAAGUCUGGGCAAAGUUCAACAUAGCAGAAAUGACAAGUGGUCUUAUUCUGAUGGUUGCAGUUAUGGCACUUAUUGUGCUAAUGGUGCUCAGUCAAAUGAAAGAUGCAUUAGUCUUGAAGAGGCUGCUGCCCCUUACUGUAGGAGUCAAUGCUUUGUUCAUUUUUACUCCUUAUGCCAGUGUUUCAGUGAUAGGGUAUGUGGCAAGUGGAAUGAUAGUUCUUUGGUUAUAUUUCCAUCAAAGAUCUCUGAAUUGCAAGAGCUCUAACCUUAGCACCACAGAUGGCUUUUCUCUUUUUCUAACACUAUGCAUAUACUUAGGGAGUUUUUCAAACAGUUAUGUUGUUGUAGAAAAUUAUGUAAUAUCGUUCAUGCUCUUAUCAUUAGUUAUAAUGUAUUCAUUUAUUUCCUUUUUGAGGCGACAAAGAAAGAAAAAUUUGAAUACACUGUCUUGGAAGAAUGUAAAAGUGUCUUUAAAUGUCCGCAAUGUUGUAUGUUUUAUGGCAGUGAUUGUCCUGCUGGUGUCCGUACGAGGGAGCUCUUCAUACUGGAAAUGCCGUGAAGAACAACCUUGGUGUGUUCCCAGCCAGGCUCACACCCCCAUGAUUGGUCUGCCAGAGAGUUUCAGAAACUGGAGAUACUUUACUAGCUUGUUUGCCCUUGUUUUGUUGGUGUGGUUGCCUCGACGAUGGCUCAUUAUGUGUGGCAAUUUGAAUGGUUCAAGGCUUGGAGUUCUUUUAGUGAAUUAUGUCCCAGUUAUUACAGGGGUGUUUGUAGCUGCACACUGGGCCCUGCAGGCUGCACCUUUGCAGAACUCUCCACUCAGUGAACAUGUUGUAGUCCCUCCACGAUUAACAUUUGCAGUUACUAUAUUAUUUGCUGUAACCUUGUUCUGCAUUCCCUUGCUGAUAUAUGAGGUGCCACCUAAGAAAAGCUUUGGACCUGUUGUUAACCAUCCUUAUGGCUUUGUGCCUCAAGUGUAUCAUAAGCUCAUUGAAAAGUACCAUGAUGGUAACUCCAAGAACUCCAAUAUUCCUGUAGUUUAUGGACUGGCUACCGCAGUGUCUGCCCCAGUAGUAAGCAUAGUGACUGCACUCUUGGUUGUGCUGACUAUGCUUGCUGGUGAUGGUUUGGCACCAGCAGUCCUAGUUCUUGUUGUCACUGCAACGUCUUGCUUCAUGGUACAAGCCGUGUGUUCAUGGAUGACAGCCAAUGAUAUUGAAACAUUGUUGAAACCAUCUUGGACAGCCCUCAGUGUCUGGUUCAUCCUGAGUGUUCAUGGAUUCUAUGUAACUGGGCAUCAGCCAACCUUCUCUUCAUUGCACUGGUCUGCUGCAUUUGUAGGAUUUACUGGUGACUGGGGUGGCAGCAACUUCUUCCCUGCUCUCCUUGUUGGCUUCAACACGUUCAUGGCACAGAUUCUCUUUGGUUUAUCAUUGCCAUUAAUUGUGCUAGCGCCACUAGCCAUAGGAGUGGCCUUUCCAAGACUACGAGGCAACAGACUAGAGUCUGAAGAAACAAGUCGAGGAGAGUUCUUAUUGGUGGAUCGGCCAGAGAAAGCUAAGGAGGCAGUCUUGUUUACUGCAGGAUCUUACAUCCUUCUCCAUGCAGCAAAAGUAGGUGGCUCUUUUAUUGCUUGCACAGUUGAGUGCUUUAACCCCAUUGAACCGGGUAAUGUGACCAUCACAUCAUGGAGAAAUCUAGGUCAAGGGCUGGGUGAAGUGAACAAUCACCAUUGGACUAAAUGGUCACAUUCUCUGUGA